AUGGCCUCUGCAGAGCGGCACUUGGUUUCCAGCAGCUGUACGGUGGAUGGAAGGUGGCUGAACCCACUUUGCACGAAUAUCGACAGCUUCAGUGAGAUUGGUGGAAGUGGCCUGGAGAUGUACUUCAAAACACUUCGAAGCCUGGGCAUUCUCUUUGCAACCAUGGCGGCCCUGACGUUCCCCACGACGGCAUUCUGCUUGCAGGGCACCUUUGCGCCGGACAACGGUCAAGUCUUAGCCAGGGCUUCCAUCGGCAACUUGGGUUUGCUGGCAGACACGAAGCUCCUGGACCCUUUGUUGCGCCUAGUCCGGGCAGGCUGCGAUGGAGCUGAGCUGUCGGAAUUGACCCCCAUCUUUGCCUGGCUAGACCUCUCCUGCAUGAUAGUUUUGUUUCUCUACUUGGUAAGAUUCCGCUUCAUCGAGAUCCCGCGGCAAGCGAAGUUGGAUGACCUCGAGAGCGUUUCCGUGCAGGACUUUUCGGUGGUCAUCGACAACCUGCCCCCAAGAAUCGAGUACCAGGCUGAGGACUACGAGAGUCUUCUGAAAAGCCACCUGGAGGAGCGGAUGAAGGCUCUUCAGGGCUCCAGCCCUGGGAAGCCCGAGCCUGUGGCGCCUGCGGUGGCGGACAUCACGCUGGUGCGAGACUUCUCUGGGAGGCUGGAGACUCUGAAAGCUCGCGGACGCACGUUGCAGAGCAUCGAUGUUGCCAAAGCUUCUGGCAAAGACAAGGCGAUCUUCAAAGCCGAGAGGAAGCUGGCAAAACUGGACCGGCGAUUGCAGGUUCAUUUGGCACCUGACAGCGAGCUUCCAGUGAUCCGCGCCUACGUGAUUCUGAACCGAACCACAGACAAGAACUGCCUUCUGGAGGAGUACCGGCUUGACAACUUCGCCUUACUUCGCUGGUUUCAGCCUGCGUCGAAGCGCUUCCAUGGGGCGGCGCUGCAAAUUCGCGAGGCGCCCCAGCCUUCGGAUCUCCUCUGGGAGAACCAGGACACGCCCUUUGGGAGUCGACUGCUCAGGCAGCUUUGUGUCGUUGUGACUUUUGUCCUCAUCCUGGCGAUCUCGGUGGUGUUGAUCUACGUGGCCACCGUUGUCGGCAAAAGAGAAGCGGGUUCGCAGCUGAGCUAUAUAGGCAAUGAGCAGUGUGAUCCACAAAGGGUGUACUCCUCUGCACCAUCAGAUGGUCACGUCUGCAUCGUGAGUGUUGCAAGCAACUGGACCAUGGACUUCGCCGUCUCGCAGGGCGGCAGCACGUUAAACUGUUGGUGCGAGUCUCAAGGCUACAGCAAGCUGGUGGAAAGUGCAGCGCUCGUAAGCGCCUGUGAGCCCUGGUUCUUGAACGAACACAGCAAGAGGGAUCGGCAUCAUGCAGGCUGCCUCCGUGUUUGUUAUUGUCAUAAACAUGGUCCUUCAGAUGGCUUUGAGGGCCAUGGCUCAAUUUGA